UAUUUCCUAUAACUAUGGAUGGGGAUAUAGGAACGGUACACGGUAUACGGAAUGUUAGCUAUAUCCUUGAAAAUGAGAAGAGGACUUUUAAGUCAAUCCAUUUCAAUCGUAAUAAAUGCAAGUAUCGAGAGAAGAGACGAAGUCCGAUGAAUGAAGCUAAUGAAAAUACAGAUUAUAUUACCACGACCGAUCGGUUUUCUGAAUCUCCAGAUAUUGACAGAAAAGCAAACAUUACAUCACAAGAAUACACAAAAUGUUCGCGGCGCAAAAGACGUUUACGAAAGACAUCUGUCGAUUUAAAACCUUUGAAAAGGAUGAUGUCAUCAUGCAGUUUUGUCGGUAAAAGUAAAAUUAAAGGAAUCUCUAUUAGCCCUGGCAAUGUUACUUUGAUAAACAAAAUCGUAUCAAGUGAUGAGAAUGUGAGGAGUCGAGGCGAUAAUGAAGUUAAAGUAUUGUACAAGCGAGAUUUCAGACGAAAAGAAAAUGCCAAACAGAUUAUCUCACCAAGAAGAUCCCGUAUACAAAAUAUAAAGACUGACAAUAGUCAGACAAGUUUAUUUGGUUUCCAACGCUGUAUCCAACGAAAACGUCAUUUAAACUAUAAUUUAAGUGUGUUUUAUAAGCUUUUACAAGGUGAUGCAAAAGACCAUAAUGUGUUACGAUGUAAACAUUACUCUUUCGAAGAUUUAGAGUUAGAUAAACCAAAGAAGAAAUCGUCUUUCGUAAAAUCUCAGAAUGACGCUCCUGCUCAUUACAAUUUAGUAAAUUUCACUCAGCACAGUAGCAUAUCAAACGUGUAUCUGCUGAAACCAAAAUAUUAUAAGAAAUUACAAUGUUUGCGAAAAAACAAAUCUCCCUUCCGUUCUUCAAACCUUGAUAAGAGAAAAUCUAUUUUGAAAAAGGACGAAGAUCUCAAUAUCACAGAUGUUCAACCAUUAAAAACUAAAAAUAAAGAACCCAAUGUAGAUACUGAAGAUAACUUGACUUCUAAGCCUCUUUACAAGGGAAUAACAGGUGUCAAUAUUUGCAAACCUGCUGCAAGGAUAAGCAAUACAUGUUCACCAUCCAAAAUUAGCACUGGCCGAAAAAGCUCAAAAAAAUCUGUUGAGCUGUUUGAUUUUUUGCACGUGGCAAUGAAAUAUCUUCUUUUUAUCAUGACUUUAAUCAUAUGGUUUCCUUGCAUCUUAGUUUUAGGUCUUGGAUGGUUAAUUUCUUAUCCUUGCCGACCUCAUAAGGAAUCAGGUAGUUCAAAGUGCACAAGAACAAAGAGAAGAAAGAGUAUCAAGAAGAAAAAGAAGAAAAAGAAAGAUAAACCUCCUCAGAAGACUAAAAAAGAAAAAAAAUGUAACAAAUUCGAGAAUAAGAAGAAAGACAAAGCAUCAAUUAAGAAAAAGACACCAGCAAUUUCGAAUUCAAAAAAAAGGAAAGGCAUAGCUAAAAAAUGUCCAAAAACUUGCUCGGAUUGCACACAAUAUACUGUUACGCCUACCGGAUUCUUUGUUCCUGAAAGUACAACAACUGUAGCGAUGUUUCCUAAUGAAGAAAUCGGAUCGUGUAUAGGAAAGAAAAGACAAAAAAAUGUGAGCUUUAAACAACCUUGUGGAAGGACAAGUGAAACUUAUUUAAAAAUAAACAAAAAUAAAGUCUGUAGUGGAUGUCGGGAUAAAAACGAACAAUCGAUUGACAUCUGUGGAGAUACAAACCAAGAGGAACAAGAUUUGGAUCAGAAAUCAGAUUUAAAUAGUCAAUGUCAAGCAAUUGUAGUCAAAAGUUGUAAAGGUAAACGAAAUCGAAGAAAUGUUGAGGUUUGUGUACCGAAAUCUUUAUCAAAAUUAAUCCAAUCAGCUCUCCGCGGAACAUGCUCGACAACAAAUCAAUUUGCGAAUGUUCGUAAAUUACCUAAAAUUAAAAGUUGCAAUAGCACAGCGGCGGCAUGUCUUGCGUUCAAGAAAAAAAGGAAAUGCUUAAGUCGACAGUCCAAAUACAUUAUGCGCAAUUUGAAAAAAAAUCUAGAAGCGUCCCGAUCAUCAGUCACAAGAUGUCUGCCAUCUCCAUGUCCAGGUGGCUGUGCUUCUAAACAGGCCGCCGGUGGAGGCGACAGCAAAAAACGCAAGAAAAUUAAACAUUCGAGAAAACAAAGAAAAAGCCGAAAGCCAAAAACUGUUAUGAAAUUCCUACCACCGCCGCCUCCCAAGAGUUGUUCUGUAGGCAGUAAUAUUUCUUUUCUUCAACCUACCCCAAAAACAAAAUCACUUCCCCGUUUAAGACGUUGCAAUCGCAUGACUUGCGAUAGACAACCAUUAAAAGUUGUGUCAGUAAGCAAGAUGUAUGCGCCUGUUCGUCCUGAAGUACGUACAAUAUCAAGUAAUACCAUGAUGUUACAAACUUCUAGUUUUUUUAAGUCGCUAAAAAACAAGUGUUCUAAGAAACGUGAGAAACGUAUUUCUAUUAAAAAAUUUAUCACAGGGCCUUGUCCAAAAAAUCGUCACGUCUGUAGUAAUACUAGAUUACAAAAACCUAAAAAAAAACCUCGGAAGUCUACUACUGUUGUGAAAUUUUUUCCUGUGCCACGUCAGCGUUUAGUUCAUUCAUCUGUUAACACAAGAAAACUAAAGUUACCUUCAUGCAAAAAAGUUAAAUCUAAAUCUAGCUCGGCUUGUUUAUCAUCAUCAAAUAAAGUAAUAAAUUUUUCCCCUGAACCCUGCUCAAGCACUAUAGCCUGUAGUACUUGUGAAAUCAUAUUACCUAUAGAGCCAUUACAAAAGCAGCCAAAACAACAAAACAAAAAGAAGACUGCACCUCCAAAAGACGAUUGCAACGCCGUAGGCUUAAUGUUAGAAGGCCGAAAAUCUUAUGAUAAAAGACAUUCACAGGAAAUGUUAGCAAAAAAACCCGCCCGAGUUUGUAAGUUUUUCCCAGCCCCACGAUAUAGUACUCGGACUUUAGCAGUUGGAGCUUGCAUUAAAAACGAAAUAAAAUUACCUACCAAGUCUAGUAAGUCGACGUCUUUUCCACAAAAGACAUUAUUUAGGUCUCUUUCCGUUACAACAGGUACAAACACAUGUAGUGCCGCUCCAACACAAAUUAUUAAGUUUAUAAAAACACAUAAGUCUAUAAUGCAUCGCGGUACAGUGCCCCAAAAAUUGAAGGGAGACAUAUUUUCAAAAACUGAUCUUAAUCUAAAAAAACAUGCAGAAAAAUCAAAGAAUCUAAAAAAACCUGUCAAACGUGGUACUAAACCAGGAACACAUCCCUGUAUACCAAGAACGAAACACGGUACAACACCAGGAAAGAAACCUGGUACUAAACAAGGCAUGAAUGAAAGUCACGAAGGCGAAAGCUUAAAAAAACAUAGUACUGGAUUUAGUACAAGACCCGUUCGGACAAGAUCCAGAAAAGUAAUGUUACAAACCGCCUAUCCAAUCAUCAGGUUUCAACCAAGGUCGCAAGCUGUGACUUGUACCCGUGGAGUUAACACAAGAAAAACGGAAUGGUGUUUCAUAAGUGGAUACCGUAGGUUCCAACAAAAAAGGAAAAUACGUAAGGCAGCUAAUGAGCAGCGCAAAAUCUUGAUUUGUAAGAAAUCAGCUAAAAGUCCUGGAACGUCUCAAUCUUUUUGGAGUUCACCUCGAAGUUUAACUGGUAGUCCAACACCCAGCUCGUCCCGAAGUGCAUUGCAGGCUAAGCAACGUGCGGAACGGGCAAAGCAACUAGCCAAAGAACAACUAGAAAAAGCUAAAGGUAAAAGUAAGGCUGAGACAUUGGCUAAACAAAAAAGAAAAGAACGAGCUAAGGAAAUUGCUAAGCAAAAAGCUAAACAACGUGCAGAGGCACAAGCCAAACAGAAAGCUAAACGACGAGCUUUAGCAGCCACUGGCGCAAAAAAUAAAGAGCGAGAUAAGGCACAACAGGCUAAACAAAAAGCGAAAGAACGUGCUAAGGCAUUAGCUAAGCAAAAAGCUAAAAAUCGAGCUAAGGCAUUGAAAGUUCGAGAUAAAAAACGUAAGGCAAAAACUAAAAAGAAAGGAAAAAAGGCCUUUAAAAAAAACGCUGGAAAAGUUUUCAAGAAACUAACACCACCGGCUGAUAACCUAUGUAGUGACUAG